CAUUCCAUCGAUUCAAAGCUGCGUCAUCUUGUGGGUGCCGCCCUGUGCUCGGCGGCUGCUGCCUUUCGGUCGCCGCUGCCUAGCUCCGUAGCCCAUAGUCUCUCCACCCCCACACGUCAGCCGGACUUGACCUCCUCGCCCGCCGCCGCCCGGGGCCUGCCCGCCCGCGCGGACGCGUCCACGGCUUCGACAUCACGUCACGGGCGCCUGCGGCCUGCGUGCCGCCCCCCACCAGUACGCGACGUACGCCACGGAACGAGGCGCCGACCGAGCCAAACACCCUCCCCCCCAAGAGGGCCUGGCCAAGCCCACCACCCGUCCGCACGCGGUGCCGAGUCCCCAUUUCCCCCAACCCCACACCGAUCCGAUCGGCAAAUCCCCCAACCUAUUCCCCACGGAUCCCGGCGCCCCCACCACACAGCGCUCGCGCUCGCGCUGCCUCCCCCUCCGUUCCCGAACCCGCACCGGUAAUUGGUGGUGAAUUGCCCGCCGGCCCCGGCUCGCCGCGGAGGGAGCAGCUCCCCGGUCGCCGCGAUGGCGGAGUGCCGCAGCCUCAUCGAGUUCCUCCGCGCGUUCGAGCACCACCGCAGGGCGGCGGACAGCUCGGCCUCCGCGUGCUCCCGAUCCAGGCGGGCCCGCGCGGCCGGCGCCGGCGCCGGCGCCUCCUUCUGCGACAGCACCCCGAUGGCCGUGGUCGACGCGGUCAUGCUCCUCGCCGUCGUCGCCGCGCUGGGCUUCCUCGUGAUCCCGUACCUCAGGCUGCUGCUCGUCGAGGUGGGCGCGCUGCUCCACCCCGCCGCGUCCUGCCUCUCGGCCGCCGCCUUCUUCGGGGCCGCGGUCGCCGUGGCGGCGGCCGUCGUCGCGUGGGAGCUGCUGGGCUACCACGCGCGCAAGUGCGGGAAGCCCAGGUGCAGGGGCCUCAAGAAGGCCGUGGAGUUCGACAUCCAGCUCGAGACGGAGGAGUGCGUGCGCGGCCGCCCCGGGCCCGCCGCGCGAUCGGCGCUGCUCGCGGCCGCGGGCGCGCGCCCCGUCGAGCUCGGGGACGAGCAGCGGGAGCUGGAGGCCGAGCUCCGCAAGAUGGCGCCGCCCAACGGCCGCACCGUGCUCAUCUUCCGCGCGCCCUGCGGCUGCCCCAAGGGCCGCAUGGAGGUCUGGGGCGCCAAGAAGGUUCGCCGGAUCAAGAAGUGAAAAGGGGAAAAGGGGAGGAUCAGAUGGUGACUAGGUGGUUACUCUUUCGGUGGAUCUUGGUCUAUAAAAUUGUUGCGCGGUAAGUUCUUUUGAUUCU